AUGUGCAGCAGCAGCAGCAGAGGCCGCCGCUCUUCUCCCCCCAUCCGUCGGUCACCCAGUGGUCCAGGAGGGGGCGCUGCCCCGGGGCCGGAGGAAGGGGGGCGCGCCCGCUCCCGGCCUCGUGGGGGCGCUCGCCGCAAGGAUGCGCUGCCCCGAGGCCGGGAGGUGCGCGCCCGCCCCCGGCCUCGAGGGGGCGCCCGCCGCAAGAACGCGGAGAGGGAAGGUUGGGGGGUGGCGCGGCCCCGCGCGCCCGGAGCUAAGGGGAGGCGAGGGGCGCGCACCGGGCGUCGGGGCCGGCGGAGGGUGGUUGGAAGGGGCUCGCGCCCCCCGGAAGCCCCUCGGCGACGCCGCCCUCCCCGCGCCCGCUUUAAACGAAUCGCCCCUGGAGCGAGCCACCGCGGCAGCCGGCCGCUGGGCCCGCCUUCCCCCAUGGCCCCUCCGCCGGGGCCGCUGCGGCUCCGGCUCCCGCAGCGGCGGCUACUGCUGCUGCUGCUGCUGCUGCUGCUGCCGCCGCCGCCGCCGCUCCCGGGCCGGGCGGGGGCCGAGCUCCACCGCCACCCGACCAUUCCCCCGGCGUGGCGGGCGGAGGCGCCGGACCCCACCGAGGAGGACGCCGAGGCCGUGGCCGACCGCCUGGCCGCGCCCGCCGCCGCCGAGCUGCUGUCCGCGUCGGAGGCCACCGCCAACGCCUCCCCCGGCAGGGCCCCUUCCAUCCCGCCGGACAAGGCCCACCUGCCCCCGCCCACCGGUCCGGGUCCGGGCCCCGCCGCCGCCCGGCCGCCGCCCGCCCUGGAGCUGCGGCUGCAGCUGCACCCGUGGGGGUCGUGGCACUGCCACUGCGCCUCGGGCUUCAUGAGCCGCUCCCGCCGGGUGUCGCUGGCCCCGCCCACCGACGUGCACGUGCGGCCCGGGGCCCUGGCGCGCCUGCGCGGCGAGCGGCGGCCCUGCACCUACCGCCAGUGCCCCGCCUGCAGCGAGGCCCAGGGCCAGUGCCCGCAGGGCGCCGCGCAUGCGCGGGGCCGGGGCCGGGGGCAGGGCCAGGGCCAGGGCCAGGGGCAGGGCCAGGGGGCGGGGGCGGCCCUGGAGGAGUCCAGCCCGCUGGCCCUGGAGGAGGCCGCAGCCUUCUGGAGGCGCCUGCGCGCCAACCUCGAGGACAUCUGGGCCCAGCUCGCCGCCCUCCUGGGCACCUGGGACGUCGAGCCCCCGGCUUCCAGUUCUUGUUCCUGAUCCGGUCAGUCCAUCCCCUCCCCCCAGGGGGGCGGGUGGGCAAGCAGCCCCCGGAACCACCGUGCCUAUCCCCCCACCCCCCCAACCCUUUAAAGGCCUAAGAAGAUUCUGGAACGGAGGAUUCACGCUCUGAUGAAGCUGGGGGGGGGGGGGGGGCUGUUCUCACAAGCCCAUCCCCCUCCUUCUCUCCGAGACCCCACCUACUGCAACUUCUCCUUUUCCUCUCCCUUCCCCUCGCAGAAAAGUAGAGAGAAGCCACAGGUGGUGGUGGGUGGGGGAGGGCAGCCCUGUUUUCCCAGUCAUUCUUGGGGGUGUUGGGCGGUUGGACAGUGCCAGCCCCUCCCCAAGGUUGAUGUUUUUAAUAAACAGCUGUUGGAGAAAUCGUU